UACUGCAAAUGUUCCCUCUGCAUGCAGCUUUUGGUGGUGUUAGCAGCUCUCAUGGGGGUUCUGUGCAGCGUGAGGGCAGCAGCCGUGCUUCCUGUGGACGACAGGAGUCCCAUCCACGUGAACAGGGAGCUGAGCAAAGAGCGCAAAGAGCUAAUCCUGAAACUGGUGUCAGGCUUGUUAGAUGGAGCCCUUGACACCAACAUGCUGCCGGGGGAGGUGGCCCCAAUGGACCUGGAGGAGCCGCUUGAGUCUCGUCUGGAGGAGAGAGCCGUCUACAACAGGCUAUCACUGCCUCAGCGUGACCGCAAAGCCCCCUGUAAAAACUUCUUCUGGAAAACUUUCACCUCCUGCUAACAAAAACCACAUCUGGAUUCUGUCCGCCGACUGUGCUCCUGCUCCUCUCGGCUCUUCAUGAACUGUAGUAAACCUCAGCUGUACAUACCUCAUCUACACCUGUCUAACUCAGCAUCCAUGGACUUCACUGAGACAGUGUGGCUGUUUGAAUAUUAAUUAUUUAUGUAUCUAUUUGUCUAUACAAUGUAUGUAUUUAUGUAUGUUUCUUUCAGGGUCAACAAUAAAGCAUGGAUACAAUGUCGGACAAUGUA